AUGCCCUUACCCCAAAAAACCGAUAUCCUCGUGAUAGGCAGCGGCAACGCCGGCCUCAGCGCCGCCCUUUCAGCGGCACAAACCAACCCAACCUUAAAAGUGACCGUAAUCGACAAAAGCCCCGUUUCAUGGGCCGGGGGUAACAGCUACUUCACAGCCGGCGCCUUCCGCACCGUCCACGAUGGCCUCCGCGACCUCCUCCCACUAGUCAACAACACCGACGCGACACAAGCAUCCCGCAUCGACAUAAUCAAGUUCUGGGGCGGCCUCGCGCUGAAAACCCAAGAUGGCGGAAAGGGUCUGGUUGAGGAUGAGUUGCGUGCGGUGAGGAACGCCGGCGUGGAUGUGUUCUUCGACACGGCUGCCACGGCGCUAGUAACUGAUCCGACAAGCGGCACUGUUAUCGGUGUUGAAGUUGUUAACACGGAUAGUGCUGGCGUACACAAGAAAAUUAUCAUCGCUGCCGGCGCGGUCAUUCUCGCCGCAGGCGGUUUCGAGGCAAACCCGCAGCUGCGGGCGCAAUGGCUUGGUCCUGGGUGGGAUGGUGCGCGUGUGCGUGGUACACCGUAUAAUACGGGUGAGAUGUUGCAGAUUGCGCAGCGGGAUGUGUCGGCUAAGACGGCUGGGAAUUGGAGUGGAUGCCAUAGUGUGGCGUGGGAUGCAGAUGCGCCGGCGGAUUCGGGGAACCGGGAGGUUUCGAAUGAGUUUACGAAGAGUGGGUAUCCGCUUGGGAUUAUGGUUAAUCGGGAUGGAGAACGGUUUGUUGAUGAAGGGUUUGAUAUGCGGAACUAUACGUAUGCGAUGAUUGGGCGGCGGGUGCUUCAGCAGCCUGGACAGGUUGCGUUCCAGGUUUGGGAUGCGCGGACUGCGGCAUGGUUGCGUGAGGAGGAGUAUCGGGGUGAGGUUGUUCGGCGCAUUGAGGGUGCGUCGUUGGAGGAGCUUGCGGAGAAGUGCGCGGAAGUUGGACUCGUCGAUCCUACGCGCUUUGUGGAAAGUGUUAAGGAGUAUAAUGCCUCUGUUGAGGAUGGAGAUGGGCAGAAGAGGUGGAAUCCUGCUGUCAAGGAUGGACUUGCUACUAAGGGACUGGCUGUUCCCAAGUCGAAUUGGGCCUUGCCUAUUGACAAGGCACCGUUCCUGGCUGUCAAGGUCACGGCAGGUAUCACUUUCACCUUUGGUGGAUUGGCUGUGAAUCCUGAAACUGCGGCGGUCAUUUCGGAGACGACGAAUAAUGAGGUUCCUGGAUUGUAUUGUGUGGGUGAGAUGCUUGGAGGUAUCUUCUAUGAUAACUACCCUGGUGGAAGUGGAUUGACGUCUGGGGCUGUCUUUGGACGUCGUGCUGGUAGAGCAGCAGCGGAGCGAGCUGGAAAGAGUGGAAGACUCGAACGGUUGUGA